AUAAAUAUUACUCCCUCCGUCCCCCUGUUUUUGUCCACAUUUAACUUUUGGAACUGUUCAUCGAAGCACUUUGACUCAUCAAAUUCUCUCAAUGUGUAAGCCUAAAUAUAGUCAUGUGUGAUCUUGUUUGAUUUGUCUUAACAUAUAGAUUAUUAAUAUAUAAUUUCUAUAAUUUUUUAAUAUACAAAUUACAAAAUAAAAUGGAUUAAAGAAGUGCAUUGGAUGUCUUCUACAGAAUGAUGAAUAAUAAUAUGGGCCAAAGCAAGCCUGCUUUCUUCAAGGUAUUAAUCGGCGACGACUUCGCUACUCACCUCAGGUUGCCGCCGUAUUUCAUCUAUAAAUUCGGGAAGCUGCUGCCGGAAUGCCCGAUUCUGACGGUCGAAUGCGGCGGCGGGGAGGCCUCGUGGCGCGUGAAGCUGGGCGAAGUUGCGGCGGAGGGGCGGUGCUUCACCGAUGGGUGGCCGGAAUUCGUGAGGGAUCUGGGUCUGGGACGCCAUGAUUUUCUGGUGUUUUGGUUGGAAUCCCAAUCCAAGUUCCUGGUUGAGGUUUUUAAUGAAGAUGGGACUGCCAAGGAAUUUGAUUGCCUUCAAGGUAAUGUUUCCCCAAGGAAGGAAGAUGCAUGUGAGUUAGAUGUGGUGCCAUCAUCGCCAACCAAUGUCAUCAAGGGGAAGACAUUGUCAUUUUCAGCCAAAUUUAAACGUUCCAACAGAUACAGAGCGCCAAUACCAGCCAACUUCAUGAGAGAGACAGGGAUCAAAAGCAAGUGGGGGGUGGUGAAGGACACAACCGGAAGGGAAUGGCCGAUGCGGAUCAAUGGGGACAGGAGCAAGGAGUUGGGAAAGGGGUGGAGUGACUUUACAACUCAAAGUCGCCUACUCCCAGGGGACACUUGCACCUUCACCUACAACUACGACGAGAAUGAACAAGAUAACACUAGCCGCGGCUGGCUGCUCCGAGUUGCUGUGCAGAGACUGAGGAAGUCUAUAGGCCAAUAAAGCCAUGGCUAGCAACUGGUUACUCUUCUUAGGGAUUUAACAAUGGGCUGCUUUUCAAAAGUAGCUUCUGGUGUGUGUUUAGCACCAAUUGAUUCUUGUUGAUUUUAAAAAUUAGAAUCAUCCGGCCAUAGUAUUAUAAACUGGAUCGGACUAGUUCGGACUGUGAACUGGUGAAUCGCUGGUUGAAUGAGUUUGGUUCAGUCCAAAGGACUGGGAUCUGCUUUGAAUUGGUCCAAACCGGUGUGAACUGGCCGGUCAAACCGGUAACACCUUUUUCUUUUUUUUUUUUGCAAUUUUUUCUCAAAAAGUUUCAAGCAUGGGGGUUUGAACUUCCAAUAGAGAUUUUCCCAAAGG